AUGGAUUCCGAGCAAGCUAAAGCAGGAUUUUCAAUCUCAAAUCUUCUUGGCUUCGAUCGAGCACAAGCCGAACAACCAGAAAACUCUGACAAUAGACAUCAGUUAAACCUUUCGGAAAAUACAGGUGAGAGAGAACGACUUUUUGUUCGUUACUUUACCCAAACGUUUAACAUUUUACUCCAUAAAACAUUUUCUGAUGUCUCAAAGGUUUUUAUACCUACAAGAAAUCGGUUGAAUCUUUCAUUCUGAAAAACGCAAAUCAAAAACAUAACUAACACGCAUAUAAAUAGGUUCGGGCCACCUUAAAGGCAAGUCUAGAAUUUCACGAUUUCUACCGUUUGAACAGGCUUCAAAAAGAAUGACAAAAUGUGAAAUCACUUAUCGCAGUGUUCGAAAUCUUACCAAGACAAGUAAUAAAACACAUCGAUGCCUUAAUUUUGAAGUCUUUGGCAACAUGGAUUCUAACGGACUUAUGGACAAAUGACAAAGUUCCUAUGCCGAUAUAACAACUAAAAAUAUAUAUUUGUUAAAGGUUAAACCAAAGGUAACUUGUUCCCCCUUAGUGCAAGUUAUUAUGGACACUUGCUAAAACUCCUUAGAACGCUAACGGAGCCACUAAAAACCACUGCUUCAUAAAACAGCUCUUCCACACUCUGAAAAGUGAUUAUCAGAUCUCCGACUGCAUGAUCGAUCGUGCCAUAGAAGAUCUCUGAAUUGCUUUCGUUUGAAAGUUUAUAUUUAAAUAUGAAUUUUACCCACCUAUUCAGAGUAGUACAAGACAAUAUCACAUUGAAAGGUCUCGAUUGGCUAAAACUCCCUUGACAUGAUGUAUAACAAAGGAUCGAAACGGAAGAAUAUCUGAUAAAACCAUUCUUAUCUUGUGAUUACAAGCACCCAGAGAAGCAAAAAAGAAAAAAAAAGUAGUAUAAGAUUCAUAAUAUUUGAUAGAAUGAAAAAACCCGUGCAAGGACUAAAAGUCGUACCGUCUUGGCUUUAGCUCAUCGCAUUACUCGAAAGAUAAACUGGCCGAAGAAAUAAUUUUGAAACCUUUGAUCCACUUAGCUUGUAAAUAAAAGAGAUUUUCAGGAGGUGAAAUAUUUUGGGGCACAAAUUUAAACGUAGGACAAGACAACAACACACUUUGUUCCCAAAUAUUAGCUCAUUAGUAGGGCGGGACUAAUUAACGCGAAGCACUCUCCCGGGAAUUAUAAUCAACAGCCUUCAAUAAAAUAAAAAUUAAGAGGCCAAAAAAUUAAAGAAAGACCAGACCAAAAACAUGAAGCCUUUGUUGUCUCCUCAUCUGCUGGGAAAAUUGUGAUCAGUAACUAGGUAUGCAGUCAAGCGUACUCUUCAUUACAAAUGUAGGCAAAUAUGUGUUACGCUGUUGCUAAACUUAUGAUUAUUGGAAAUAAUUGGAGUGCGUUGUAUUGAUCGUAUUUCGGAAUAAGAAGACGCUACAAAAGUUUUGUUGCAAAUCUCUUGUGUCGUAAUUUUUGGACCACUUAAACGCUACAUACAGCGGAAUAUUUUAUUUCAACGAGAUUUCUAGAUAUUGCGAUGCAAUGAACGCCAAAAUAAAUGAUUUCUAGAGUUUAUUCCGUCCAUUUAUUGUUAUUACGGAAUACGGUCAAACGAACACGCCCUUAUUCGACAACCAAGUUAAGUAUACUUUGGGCAUAGUCUAAAAGACAUGGAUAAACUAAAGAAGAAACGAGUCCAUUGUAAAUCAAACCCUUCUGGGUUUAACUUUUGAAGAGUGAAUUUCAAUUCGAUUCAAUUCCACAUAACCUAAUGAGGCAAACAAGAGAUAAAGUGAAAAAGAUUUUUUGCUAUAAAUGUUCAUGAUUCAAGUCUCUUUCAUAUCAACAGAUAAGCAAGGACCCAGCAACAAAAAUGUAAAGAAAUCAGAGAAGGCCGAAAGACAAUCAAAGAGGAUCAAGAGGAACCUGAAUGCAGGGGCAGAAGACAGUGAAAAGAGAUACCGAGCAACCUUUGAUAAGUCCCAGAUUUACCAGAUGGAAAGAGUAUUUCUUCUUAAUCACUACCCUGAUGUGGCUGCCAGAUCUGACCUUUCGAAAAGCACAGGCUUAUCAGAAGCCCAAGUUCAGGUCAGGAGACAUUUUUGUUGGUCUUAAAUGCGGUAUCUUUAACUUUGCCUUUAAGUGACGCGGGGUGAUUAAGUGUCUUGCUGAAAAGCUGUUAGAAAAUGAUGUGACCCAAAUUGGCUCUAAGGACACCCAGAAGCAAUAUGAAUUUAUUGAUAUCUUUCGGGGUAGUAAAUUCAGUUACCUAAUACGGGGUAUGAGUAAGUGCUGUAAGUCUCAGGACACACUCAGACCUGACACGGAAUUUUACAUAUGCAUUUGACGAGAAGUCUACCAACUUGAAACCCCGCAUAGGUUUUGAAAUCUGCUCUUUUAUAGACUUUGUCAAGACAUUCAAGCUUUUUAUUUAAACCUCGAUUUUAAUUAUUUGACCAACCCCCACAGACAGACAAUCCCACACGUUGUGUUUCCCCGGACAAUCACUGAAUCUUUGUUUUGUUUAAAAACAGAUCUGGUUCCAGAACAGAAGAGCGAAAUGGCGUAAGCAACAGCGAAAGCGCCGUCACGAUGUUCCAACAAUCUUCGGCUUGGGAUACCCUAGUCAUCUGGCGCGUUACUGCGGCGGAUUCGAACCUUACAGUCUAUUCCCGUACGAGUAUUACAACACCGACUUCUGGACAUGCGCACGACAGCAAGUAGCAGCACUUCACUUUGCCUCGCUUCCAAGCGCAAUCACACCACUAGCGCCCAGUCCUAACGGUUCGUGCUCACCAAAGUCCACCGACUCAGCAACGUCAGGCCCAGAGGAGGUUAAAAACGAAGCUGAGAAUUUGGAAAUUCGAAACGAUUCAAGUCUUCUUUCGCUGCGGCUUAAAGCCAAAGAGCAUGUUGCAGCAAUGGAGGUUUCACCUUAG